ACCUUGAGGAAACUGCGCCCAGAGGACAUGUUUGAGACAUGGGAGGAUGACAUGGAGGGAAUCCACAUUGUGGCCUUUGCUGAAGAAGACGACCCAGAUGGUUUUGAGUUCCUGGAAAUCCUGAAGCAGGUUGCCAGGGACAACACCGAUAAUCCCGACCUGAGCAUUGUCUGGAUUGACCCUGAUGACUUUCCUCUGCUGAUCACUUACUGGGAGAAGACCUUCAAGAUUGACCUGUUCAGACCACAGAUUGGGGUGGUGAACGUCACAGAUGCUGACAGCAUCUGGAUGGACAUCAGAGAUGAUGAUGACCUGCCCACGGCAGAGGAGCUGGAGGACUGGAUAGAGGACGUGCUUUCUGGGAAGAUAAAUACUGAAGAUGAUGACGACGAUGAUGACGAUGACGAUGAUGAUGACGACGAUGAUGAUGAUGAUGACGAUGAUGAUGAUGAUGAUGAUGACGAUGAUGAUGAUGAUGAUGACUAACUAUGACUCUGUGCCAUUUGACUUGUGGGGGCUGAGAGGCCUCCCCCCGCGGCAGGUCCCUCCAUCGGAAGGCCUGUGUUUGAGCGUCAGCAAGCACCGCUGCUCCUCUUUCCCCCCUGCUCCGCUCCCCCUGCCCCUGUCCUUGCCGGGACCCCCUGGCCUGAUUCUCAGUGGUGCUGAGCCACUAGGACUGCCCCUGCUGUGGGCAGCACCUGCAGGCACCCAGCACCGCUGCAAAUCAUGCCUCCUUAGUAAGGACAAUAGGAAUCUGCAGGGAAUCUGCCCCGAGUGUCCCAGGGCAGAAGGAAAGUGCCUGCCUGCUCGCUGCCAGAGGGACACAGGGAGCCAAUUUGUGUUUUCCGUGCUCAUCGGCCCAGCACUUAACAUCUAAAGACCAAAUCUCACGUCAAGAAAUAGGGAAGGCCACUGUAAAGUUUAGUCCUUUAAUUAAACACAAUGCCCUUUGCAGCUACUCUGACAAGACCACUCAAUCCCACAAGUUCUGCUGCAGGAGUCUGUAGCUCCUCAAUAACAUGCAAGGAGCAGCAAAAAGCUCAGGGAGGGGAGGAAGGUUUUAGGGGUGUUAUUUACGUUUUCAGUGAUUCCAUAUAAUGACAAGAUAUUCUUGUCUGUCAACGCAAUGCAAAACCGAACACCACGGUCCCUGUCUGAACCUCUUUCUUCCUGAAA